AUGAACGGCCAAGCCCUUUGCAUCCUCACCAAGGACGACUUCCCAUUCCGCUCCCUGGGUUCAGCUGACAUUCUGUAUGAGUUGCUCCAGUACAUCAAGACCCAGCGGCAAGCUGUGGCAUGUGGGCCCUUUUUCAGAAGAGCUUUAAGGCAGAGGGUGCCCACUCAGCCCUUCCCCUGCUGCCUGGAAGGGGCUGGAGGGGAUCGGGGCCUCCUGCAGCAGCCACCAGCCCUGGGGCUUGCCAGCUCCUUGAGCCAUGUGGAUGCCCCUGGCCUGGCCAGCUGGCCCCUCAGCAGGCAGGGGUCCCUCAGUUUAUCUCACUGUGUGGAGCUCAGCUGCAGGGCUGAGGGAGUCUCCUCCUUCCCCAUGAUGCCACAGGCCCCCAUUGAUGGCAGGAUCACUGACUGCCAGCUGCUGUGGGAUUACAAGUAUCAGCUGCUCUCUGACACCUGGUACGAGCCCUACAUCAAGUGGGAAGACAAUAAUGCCAAGAUCUUCUGAGUUGUGGAUCCAAAUGGGCUUGCCAGAUUCUGGGGAAACCACAAGAAGCAGGUGAACGUGACCUAUGAGAAGACGUCACAUGCCUUGUGCCCCUACCAUAAUCUGAACAUCAUUAAGAAGGAACCUGAGAAACUCCUGUUCAGAUUUCUGAAGACACCCAGGAAGAUCAGUCAGGACAAGGGCAGCAGCAGGGAGCUUCUGGAGAGCCAGGAGCAGGACAGGGUGGACUUCAAGGAGGAGAUGCUGGAACGGCGAAGAGGAACCGGUGGUCAAGAGGGGUCGGCCAUCGCGGGCAAGGGCUCGGCCAUCGCGGGCAAGGGCUCGGGGGUGGAGCUGGGCGCGGACUGCAGGGCCGCACUGGGGGCGGCACUGGGGGAGGCACUGGGGAGCCGCGCACUCACUGCUCUGCGACCCCAAGAACGCGGACCGGAAUUUCCUCAGCUGAGUUCGGAGGCCUCCGCCCGCGGACGUGAGGGAGCCGGAGGAGCUACCGCCGCCUCAGCCCACGGGCCUCUCGCGCCGACGCCGCUCCCACCCGCUGACAAGAGAUUUUCGAGGAAGGGCGAGCGCCGAGCUCCAGCAGCUCCUGCAGGGCCCGGCGGCGAGUGA